GGACUCGGUGAAGAAGGACAUCCCCAGCCCCUAAAGCACUCUGACCCCCAAGGAGUGAGCGAGAGGUGGUCUGCUAGAGGUUUACUAUUCCAUGGGACGGAUGGGAUCUCUGCGGUCCAUAUUGCACAGAGCUGCAAACUUGCCCUGCAUCACCAGCCCCUAGUCCUGAGGUUGUCCUAAUGAGGUGAAGCUGUAUUGCUCUCUGCCAGCAUUCUCCUUCUGUGCAGGAGACGGUCCAUGUUGUGAUGGAAACUCUGUCCCUUGAACAGCAGAUUCAAAGUGUGCAACGCAACAUUGCGUUUUUGAAAAAGGAACAGCUUCAGCUAUUACACGAUCUUCACUUGGAGAUCCUUAGACUGCAAAAACGCUGCACAGAGCUGACCCAGGAAUUAGAGCUCAAGCAAGUGGAGAUUUUCCAGCAAGAUCAUUUGGAGCAAGAAAUGGAGGAAAAAUGCAGAUUAAUGGAAGCCAGGUAUCAUGAAAAGGAAAAACUGAACUCUGAGCUAAAGAAAGAUCUUUACCUCCGUGAGAAUAGAGUUGCUGCACUGAGAUCUAAACUAAGAGACAAGGAGAGGAGAUUCCUGGAUGAGCUGAAGAGAAGGAGUCACAGAGUGACCAUUCUAAAUACAGAGCUGCAGAAACAGAGCGAGGCAGCAGCAUAUCUAUCAUUCCAGCUCCAUACUACCAAAAAACAGCUACUUAGCCAACAACAAGGAUCUCCUAUGGUAUUCCUACCUACAGAUUUUACUGUACUUACACAACCUCAUUGUGAAGGAAAGGUCAAGAGGAAAAGCCAUAAGAGCCAUGGUGUUUUAUGGCAGACACCCGAAUACUCAGGAAAAAGUAUGACAAGAAACUCGUUUCAGAGGGAGGAAAUGACCAACCUUGAAGAUCUGGAAGCCAUGCCAGAUCCGGCUUUGUUUCUGUACCCAAAGAGGCACAUCCCUCCACAUCGGCAGAGAUCUGAAUCCAAAUCGCGUAGUUCAGAAAAAGUGGGCUCAGGGUGUGGCAGUGCAGUAGGACUCAAUCCUUACUCGCCAGAGAAGCUUUCAUCAGAAAAUGAUAAUGUAGCAUCGGCCACCAUUCCAGUCGUCAAAGCCAAACUCCCAAAAAAUGAAAGAGGAAAGCGUUGGGCAUUGGCACAGCAAGAUUCACUGGAUUCAGAGUAAAAUAAGAUGGAUGGUUAAUAUGAUGUAUGAUGGAAACCCAACCACCUGUCCAUGCAGACUGUUUUCCUUAUAAUUAUUAUUAGUAAUGCUGUCUUCCUCUAAAAGCUAGUUUUCUUCCUUGUUGUGUGUAGGCAAAACCAAGAUUAGAAGAAAACCCGUCUUUUCAGGUUGUCAAAGUCUACAUGUCAUGUAGGCAUUUUCUUUUGCUAUAGGUCUAUUUUUAUACAAAUGGCAUCUGAUGGAUGAUGCAUAGCCCAGCACUGCAAUGUCUAAACAAUAUAGGAAGUUCUUGACCUCACAGAUCCUUUCAAAAUCCCAUUUAAAGACUUAGUCAAGGAACAUAACUAUACAAUCUGGAUAAUUUUGCAUUAUAUUCUUACUUCAACUUUGUUUUUCUAGAAGGGAUUUGAAAUAAGGACAAUGGAGUACAUAGAGGAGCAUAUAGCCAUUAUCAUAAAUUUAGAAUCUCUUUCCUACUUGAACAUGCUGCAUAUCACAAUAUAUACUGUAGAGUCAUCCAUGAUUUGCAGUCAACAAAUCACAGAAGAGCAGAUAUUUAAUGGUUUGCAUUGAUCCAAUGAUUAAUAGUUUUUUAAUUAUUACAGUGUGUUUUAUCAAUUUUCACCUGUAGUGUUUCAGGGGGGUGGGCUUAUUCCAUGGUUAAUAAAUAAAUAAAUUUAUCUAAAUACCAAAGUAAUAUUUGCGUCUAAAUAAGCUGAUGUAAUAAUUUUAUGUAUCUUUUACUAGUUUAUUUUGCAUUUUAUGAUCUAUAGUCAGUAUUCUGUAAAACCUAAAAUAUUUGAGUGCCAGAAUGCUGAAAAUUAAUUGCACAACUAUGGGGUACUCUGCAACCUCAGACCAUCAUGCUUAAAAUCAUGAGAAUGUGAUGAUGUCUUAUGAAUACAUACUCUGGUCUGCGAUAGCAAGAAGCAUCCAGUUCUUUUGGAUU